GGAACUCUUCCCUUCUUCUCCUCCCUCCCUUCUGGCCAUCGGGAAUCGGCCGGAACUGUUUCCUCCGUCUUCACGGUCGCCGCGUAACCGAUCUUCCUAUCAAAGGUUUUUUGUUGCAUACGUCAGGCUAUAUUGAUAUCAGAUAUUUGGUCAAAUAGUACGGGAAGAAGCAGAUGGCUGCUUCUGGGAUCACCACUAAUAAACAAAUGAAGAGGGUGGAACCAAAAAAGUCACAUUCCUGGUGGUGGGACAGUCACAUAAGUCCCAAGAACUCUAAAUGGCUAGCUGAAAAUCUUGAAGAAAUGGAUCAGAAUGUGAAGCGAAUGUUGAAGCUGAUUGAAGAUGAUGGAGAUUCAUUUGCAAAAAAGGCUGAGAUGUACUAUCAGAAGAGGCCUGAAUUAGUUUCUCUUGUAGAGGAAUUCUAUCGUAUGUACCGUUCUCUGGCUGAACGAUAUGAUAAUGUAACGGGAGAAUUGCGAAAGAAUAUACCUUCUGAACUUCAAUCCCAAGGCUCAGGUAUAUCAGAUGUCGGAUCUGAACCACCCUCUUUUUGGCCCACCCCCAAAAAGGUGGGCCGUCGUAUAUCUGCCAACCGGGCUGCUGGGUUUGACGUCUUCCUUGGUUCUGGUGGGAAUGGCUCUGAUGCUUGCCAAAAAGAAGGAGAUGAAUCAUCUACGUUAACAGACUCUGAGGAGGAAUCUGAUUGUUCUUCGGUUAACAAUUACUCCAUUUUCUCGGGGAAUGGUAGUGAUAAUGGGCUAAACAGAAAGAUACUUGACUUGGAAAUCGAGCUUCGUGAGGUUAAGGAAAAGCUCUGGAUGCAAGAAGAGGAGAAUUCAGAGGUGUCAUCUGGGGGGCCAAGAAACGAGAACAUUGAAGCUAUUCAUGGUAAAAUUAAUGGGCACGAAGAAGAAUUAAGGAUUGUAAAUGAAAAGCUAAGGCUUUCGAGGGAAGAAAUAACUAAACUGAAGACUGAGCUUGAAAAAUACAGGUCCUCAGAAGCAUCGAGUUUGCAUGCUUCUGGCAGUUUAACUCCAAGUGAAGACGACAUCCAGACAGGAGGGUCAGUCCCGAAAAUAUCAGAGUCUUUGGAGGAGCUGGAAUUGUUGGAAACAGAUGGUAAGAUUAAGUCACUAAAGGAGGAGCUAAGAAUCACCAAACAAAAACUUGCGGAUUCAGAAAAGCAAGUUGCUUCAUUGAAAUUUGAGGGCGAUAAAUUCUCUGAAAGGAUUCAGAAAGUUCAGGAUCAGCUUGACUUGGCCCGUAAAGAUGCUACUGCUUGGAAAACUAAAUUCAAUUCUGAGAAGAGAGAAAGCACCAAACUCCAAGAAAGACUCAUGAGGUUAAAAUCUAGUCUCACUGACCGUGAUCAUGAGGUCAGGGAUUUAAAAACAGCUGUAUCUGAUGCAGAGCAGAAAAUCUUCCCUGAGAAAGCGCAGAUAAAGUCUCAAAUGUCCAAAUUGCUUGAGGAACGGAGCUCAUUGGAAUCCCAGGUUCGGGAAUUGGAAAGCCGAGUUCGUCUCUUGGAAGAUGAGAUUAGAACGAUCAACACCGUAAAAAGGGAGAAGGAGGAAACAUUUAAGGGUGAAUUAGAGCUGCUAAAGAUCGACAUAAGAGAAAGAGAGGCCACUAUAAAAGAUCUCAAAAUAACCGCCGACGCUUUAAAAUUAGAGACAGAGAAUCUUAACGCAGAAGUUUCUGCUCUCAAGGAAGAUCUGAACACCAGGGAUCAUCAAAUCCAAGAACUCGAUAACGAGUUGAAGCAGCUCCACCUGGAACAAGCGCAACUGAUUGCUGAAACGGAGGAGCUAAAAUCAAGAGCGAAGAAACUGGAGGAAGAGGUUGAGAGACAGAAAACUGAGAUCAUAGAGGGAGCAGAAGAGAAACGAGAGGCCAUAAGACAGCUUUGCUUGUCAAUUGAGCACUACAGAGAUGGGUAUUAUAUGCUAAGGCAGGCUUUCAGAGGGCACAAGCGAAUUCCAGUAUUGGCCUAAGGUAUGUCUGCAUGUGAUGUUGUAAAUGAACGAGUAACCUUUGUAUUAUUUCUCUGGAGUGUGUUGUUAUGACCCGGGGGUAAGUGUGACCCAACGUCCAUGAGAAGGGAGAGCCGUGCUUUCAUGGUGUCAUUGGGAUAAAGUUAGGUAGGGAGUUGAGGAAGAGAAUCCUUUCGCGAGUGCUCGUAAUAGAAGAGAUUGAGGAAUUGCCUAUAAUUAUUGUUGACCAGGAAAAUGUGUGAUGUUUUAUCCCAGUCUGGUCUGAAGUAGGGUUUUUUGGUGUAAUAUUUAUUAAAAUUCUGUCAGAAUAUGGUUUCAUGUUCAUCACGAUGAUGGUAAACGUUGAAAAAUUCUCAGUUAUCUUGUAGCUGUAGGUUCAAAUGCAAAAGUCUUGUGCUUUCUUUUGUUA